AUGAACUACAUCCGCGGUGCCGUCAAUGCCAUCAGUGCGCCGUACCAAUAUUACAAGGAAUUACCACCCAUAAAUCCCUCGACGCUCACCGGUGCGAUUGAUGUCAUCGUCAUCCAGCGCCCGACCGACAAUGGCGGGACGGAACUAGCUUGUUCACCAUUUCAUGUACGGUUUGGAAAGUGGCAGGUACUCAGGCCAGGAGAGAAGAAGGUCAGCGUAAUGGUUAAUGGCCACUCGAUUCCAUUCAAUAUGAAGAUUGGAGAUGCUGGCGAGGCUUUCUUCGUUUUCGAGACUGAUGACGACGUGCCAGACGACCUUAUCACUUCGCCUAUCCUUCAACCUACACGACCAGACGGGGAAACUGCGCCUGAAGAUCCCGACAUGGGACUAUUUGGAGAGAAAGCCGAAUCAGACGAUGUCGAGCUACCAAAGGAAGAGCCAGAUUACCUUGAUCUGGACGCCCAACCAGAUAGCGCCGAGAAACGACACAUGAAGACACAGAGCUUGACGUCAUCAGGUUCUGUGACCAAGAAGCGGCCGUCGAGGCUGUCACUUUCUCAAGAACAUACUUCAUCCGGAACAGACGCCAAAGAUAUGACGGAGAAGGAACAGGAUGAACGUGCGGACGAAAUACUGAAGAAGAAAUUAAGACGGGGAACUAACCAUGUACCCGAGGUCGCAUUUUCGAAUGGUAUCGCAUAUGACAUUGAAGGAUAUCACUCUUCAAGUAGGCGUCAUAGUACCUCGCAUGACCGUGAGCGAUCCGACCGUACCAUCAGACCUUCUGAUGCCAUUGGCAUCGAGUUUCCCACCUCUUCAAGAUCUUCGACGCCUUCACUAUCUCGGUCUGGAAGUCCUGACGAUUCGCCACCACCCUAUGCAUUUCCCUCUAUACGCGCGACUUCGGAGCCUCCUGAUUUUCCUGAACCACCUGCCGAUAUGACGAAGUCCAGUUCCUUGCCGCUGAAGCUUCCCUCAUCAUCAGCCCAGGAAUAUUUUUGGGAAUGGGGUGCAUUUCCGCAACCAUCCCCUUUGAAGACAACAUUUGGAAUGAGCGGACGUAUUGACAGUGGUGACAAACCGACGACAUGGGGAAAGAGUCUGGGCAAGUCCAAGUCUAAGUCAAUUAGUGGUUUGGAGGCAGUUGAAGAGGGUGAGAUUCGGAGUAGGAGCGUGCCCCCAGCUUAUGAAGGGAAGGGAAAAGAGAAGGAACAGAGAGUCUAUGAAGAUUACGAUGACGAAGAGGUCACAGAGGAGAAAUAUGGUGCCGGUGGUAGACUGACUGUCAGCCCAUCAGACCCCACGAAGUUUAGAGUGGCAAUAGAGGGUCGGCGGGUGCCAUUUGAGCUGAGUUUGGUGCAUAAUGAGGCAGAUGAGAGGCGCGGUAGACGGAAUCGAGACGGUGCUGUUCCCGCUACUACUGACAACAUAGGCAAUGCCUUUGGCAUGGACGAGGUUGAGACUGAUAGACUAUUUGAGAAAGGAAAGAUUGAUCUUAAUACUUUCUUGGACGACGAGAGCAUCAUUGACGAUCCAGCCUUGGUGAUAAAUUGGAAUGAGGGCCAGUACAUUAGACACGGUGAUGGCUCGCCAUUGGUGCAAGCUCUCAGACUGUGGCGCAAUGAGUAUAUUCGCCAGCGGGAUACAGGAAUGACACCGACCAGACCCUCUUCGCCGCUUUCGGAUGACGAUCAAGCCGUCAAGUCUGGAAUCGAUGAUUCUUCUUCCAUCACAGAAACGACACCAAUAGGCAAUCGAAAACCUCCAACUUCCUCAUCUUGGGUACAAUGGUGGAGUCGGAGCAGAAGAGGCACACCUUCCAGUACAACCAGUAAUGGGAAGCCCGGACGUCCCGAAUUAAGAGAAUCUGUCUCGGUCCCCUUGGAAUCUACGCCGCCGCCUCAUCGAAAAGAUAUACCGCCAGCAGAAUCUGCACCGGCCCUUCCCUCAACACCAUUGCAGAAGCCCGUUCAGGAUGUUCCUACCCCGGUACCUGUAAUCGGUAAACCUGACCACAAAUUUGCUAAGACAUUGCGGUUAACAUCAGAUCAGCUAAAAUCCCUGAACUUAAAGUUAGGCCCUAAUACGAUAACCUUUUCGUUGUCCGUGACUGGUGCUAUUGCAUGUACUGCUCGCAUAUUCCUGUGGGAAUCGACGGACUUGGUUGUUGUAUCCGAUAUUGAUGGGACAAUCACUAAGUCUGAUGGACUAGGCCAUGUCUUUGCGAUGAUAGGACGCGAUUGGACACACCUUGGAGUGGCAAAGCUCUAUACGGAUAUCUGCCGAAAUGGGUACAAAAUCAUGUAUUUGACUUCGAGAGCGAUAGGGCAAGCGGACUCUACAAGGGACUAUCUGAAGGGCAUAAAGCAGAAUAAUUACCAGCUUCCCGAGGGGCCUGUCAUUAUGAGUCCUGACCGGUUAAUGGCGUCGUUGCAUCGAGAGGUUAUUAUGCGAAAGCCGGAAAUGUUCAAGAUGGCUUGUCUGAGAGACAUCCAGCGUCUCUUCGGUGAAGCAUCGAGAAACCCAUUCUAUGCAGGGUUUGGGAACCGGAUUACAGACGCUAUGUCUUAUCGAAGUGUGAACGUGCCCAGUUCACGAAUAUUUACUAUCGAUUCGACUGGCGAGGUCAAAUUGGAACUGUUGGAGUUGGCAGGGUAUAAAUCAUCCUAUAUUCACAUGACUGAUCUUGUCGACCAAAUGUUCCCUCCUAUUCAUCGCAAAUGGGCUCCAGAAUUCACUGAUUUCAACUACUGGAAAGCCCCAGUCCAAGAUUAUCCGCUUCCAGACCUCUCACCGCCUUCUCCUGCCUUGAGUGCUCGUUCUGAUACAUCAAACCAGAGUGCAUUAGCCCGACUACGCAAUUUCAGCCUUGUGGGAAGUAGGCAGGUCAAUGUCUACAGAUCAGCGACCUCUAUCUCAUCCUCACCGACUCGGAGGGAAUCCUCGCCAGAAGGCGAAAUAGAACACCAAUUGAGGCAAAUGUCGUCUUUUGAGAGACUCAGCAGUACCUUUGGGUUCUCAGGCUCAUCGAGACGGAGCGCCAGUCCAGAUUCGAUGUCUUCGGUUACAUAUGCAGAGUCGGAGGAUGAAUUUGAUACCGAUUGUGACGACGGCACUGGAAAGCGGAAAAAGCGAACGCGGAGGCGGAGCAUGAGUAGUAUACCGGGUGCUUUGGAUGAUAUGCACUUUGAGCUUGAUGAACAGGAGGAGGACGGUGCUGAGGACGAACAGAAUGAGGAAUUCGGUGAGGAAGGAAGCAUGAUGGCUGAUGAAGAGGCGGAAGAGGAUGCGUUUGAUGAAGAUCUCUUAGCUGCCGGAGAGAUGAAGAACGUUCCUUUCCUAUAGAUCCUUAUACAGCUACACUAGAAUUUUACAUGUAAUUUUAAUUUACUAUUUGGCGCACGGUAGGACCUAUACGAGGUGUAGAGGCUCAUAUCGGACCUUUUCGAACCUUUCUGGGUCUCCGUUCUGUGAGUCUUGGAGCCUCAAAGAUUCGUCACUUGUGAUCUCUGUCUCACCCUCGUUGAUGGCCGAUGUGUCGAGCAAAGGAUUUGAACGGAAUUCUAUAGUUUCCAGACGCAUGGAAUCUCGCUCAUGGUCUGGUGCAUCGGGUUUUCCCUGGAAAGUGAAGACAACAGUCUCGCUGAUAGCGCUACGCCGGUUGACAAAGAGAAGGACAAUUGUUGGGUACAUGCCCUUGGCAUCCAGUCAGCACACCAAGGCUUAGAUGCAGAUGUGAUCAAUUCGUACCGCGAAUUGUGCAUUGACAGGAACGUAGAUGUCGCCCAAGGUGCCGAAGGGAAGCCGAAUCCAAACAGCGGCAAGAAAAA